AUGAAAUUUAGCUCAAUUGUCUUACUCGCUUUGUUGAGCAAAUUGAUCCAAGCUGCACCAGCUCCAGGGGUUCAUACUGUUUUUAUGACUACUUUCAUUACUGUUAUUGUUGACCAACAUGGAGCUACUCAAACUAUUAUACAAGAUUCACCAGCUACAGAAGCUCCAGCUCCAGCUCCAGCUCCAGUUGUAGUUGAAGAAGCUCAAGCUCCAGAACCUGUUGAAGAAGCUCCAGCUCCAGAACCUGUCGAAGAGGCUCCCGAAGCAGUUGCAACUCCAGUUGCAGAACCAACGUUCAAUGCCGGUGUUGCUCAAGCUGCUGUUCCUGCAUCACCAGUUGCUGCUGCUCCUGCUACCUCUGUUGUCACUUCUGUUGCCCCAGCCACACAAACUGGAUCUGCUUCUAGUUCUGGCUCUGGAUCAGGAUCAAGCUCGUUGCACAAAGGUGAAGGUACUUUUUACUCGGCUGGCUUAGGUGCAUGCGGAAUUACAAGUCAAGACUCUGAUUACAUUAUUGCUAUAUCCCACGAAUUAUACGAUGAGUAUACCCCAUCAAAUAAUCCAAAUCACAACACUUUAUGUGGUAAGAAAAUCAGAGCUUACUACGGAGAUAAUUCAGUUGAUGUUACUGUUGUUGAUCGUUGUGGAGGUUGUAAAUAUAAUGACUUGGACUUUUCACCAAGUGCUUUUAAACAAUUAGCUGAUCCUGAUUUGGGAAGAGUCGAUAUCACCUGGGAAUGGUUGUGA